GUCAUCUGGUCAUAGUCAUGUAAAUAAUUGCAUCCAUUGUUCUUUUAUAAUCUAAACUUGUUUCUUGACUAUCACAUGGAAAUGUUAGUUCUUCAAGCUUCGUUAUCUGGCACACAGUUUGAGUUUGAGUAAGAGACUAUAACAACGUCGUCAUGGAUCGAAAACUGACCGAUGAAGAGAAUGAUGGAAGGCCGUUGAUUGACCGUAGCAAUGGUGAUCAUUCAUCCGGCAAGCGUAGCAACAGGACAGCUGGUGCUCUGGUAUUGCUAAUAAUCUCACUAUGUGCACUGGGGGCCACUGGAUACAUAACCUACUUCUUUGUCACCAAACAUGAUGAGAAUAGCGGUGACAAUACGUCCUGUAAAGGCAACACCACGACGAACAGCCUCUGUAAUAUAACACUUGUGGAAAGCAUUCCCGAGGGUCUGACCUAUCCGGAGGGCUCCCCACGCCACCCGAGCACCUAUGAAACGUGGAUGGCGAUGCUACGCUCAGCAAACAAGACUGUGGACAUUGCGUCGAUGUACUGGACUCUCCGUGCUGUGGACAGCGGAUAUGACCACCCAACUGCAUGGCAGGGUGAAGCAGUCUUCAACGAGAUCAUCGCCACUCGCGAGCGUGGCGUUCGCGUGCGGGUCAUCCAGACUUUUCCAUCGGGGUCUUUUGACGACAAUGAGACAACAGCGUUGCAGGCACAUGGCAUCGAUGCACGCCAGUUGAACAUGGAGCGUCUCGUUGGUGGCGGUAUGCUGCACACCAAGCUGUGGAUAGUCGACGGGCGGCACUUCCUGACGGGCAGUGCCAAUACAGACUGGCGAUCUCUGACGCAGGUCAAGGAACUGAACCAGGUUACGUGGAACUGCCCGUGUGCCACGACAGAUGUGCAGAAAAUCUUUGAGGUCUACUGGCAGAUGGCGACCAGUGACAGCACUGUUCCAGACGAGUUUUCAGCUGACCUGCACACAUCCUUUAAUGAAGCAAACCCCAUGGAGAUGCUUAUCAACGGUGUACCAGCUACUGGCUAUCUGGGGUCUUCUCCACCACAGUUCUGUCCGAAAGGCCGGACGGACAGCCUGACGUCCAUCUUGAAUACGAUUGCAGCUGCCCAAGUCAGCGUGUCCAUCGCUGUCAUGGACUAUUUCCCGACAACACUUUAUACAUGGCCGAGGACAUACUGGUCGGCCAUUGACGACGCGCUGCGGCAUGCAGCGUUCGACCGCGGUGUACGCGUUCGUGUGAUGGCCAGCCACUGGAAGCACACUCGCAGUGACCUCGGUCAGUACUUGCUCUCGCUGGCGUCUCUGAACGGCAUUCGAGCCAGUGAGCACAAUGUCAGUGUGCAAGUUCGUUUCUUUGUCGUCAACGCCAGUGAGGACCAGCAGAACAUCUCGUACGCACGCGUGAACCACAACAAAUACAUGGUGACGGAGAACGCUGCGCACAUAGACACGUCAAACUGGUCCAAGGAUUACUUCACUGAUACGUGCGGCAUCAACUUUCUCAUCAACCAGACUGCGGCCAUUCGAGCGGGAACACCCGCAGCAGACACCAUCCAGGGUCAACUUCAGGCAGUGUUCGAUCGCGACUGGAACUCACCGUAUGCUCAGCAGGUAGUUGAAAGUCUCCCUACGGAUAUCAGAUAG